CUUGGAUCGUCUGCAACAAAUUCUAGAAUGAGUGACAAGGAGCAAAGCAACCGAGAGGUCGAAGUCGAAGGAACUAAGCCUCCGACUCCAAUGGCGGAAACCGACCAGUCCCAGCAGCAGCAACAGCCACAGCAGAGUUCGGGCGUGAAUCUGGAGAAGAUGAGUAGAUUUAGCAUUUGGCCUCCCACGCAGCACACACGGGAAGCCGUUAUCAAACGCCUCGUUGAAACCCUAUCUACCCCUUCUGUCCUCUCUAAGCGCUACGGAUCUAUGCCACCAGAGGAGGCCUCCUCUGCCGCUCGCCAAAUCGAAGAGGAAGCCUACUCUGCCCCUUCCUUAGCUGCCUCUUCCAACACAGCCGAAGACGACGGGAUCGAGAUUCUUCAGCUCUACUCUAAGGAGAUCAGCAAGAAAAUGCUCGAAACUGUAAAAGCCAGAGCCGCCUCUGUGUCUUCCCCUGACAAUCCAUCGAAGGCUUCCGAUGCCGCCACAGAUGUCACUGCCGCGUCUGCUACUCGUCCUGCCAGUGAGGAAAUCUCAUCUGCCCAAACUGAAUCUUAGGUGAAAUUGAGUUUUGAUUUUCGUGUUAGGGUUUCUGUUACCUUUGGGUUUAUUGUUGAAGUUUUUUGUACGGCGAAAUCCAUCUGUAUUGGUUAUGGAUCGCUUCCGCUAUUAUAUUGGUAGUCUUGUGAAAUAAUGAAAUGAACUGUCGGUGGCUUUUCGUUCA